AUGACCGAUAGAAAGAAAUAUAGGUCAAAAGUUGUAGAUACCAGUGAAAAAAUGAAGAGGAAGAAAAACUGUAAUGAUCCUCCCUCCUCCUACUCGAAGAACAAAUGUAAUCAUCUUUCCUCCAUUGAUUCCACUGUUGAUCCCACCUUCUUCAAUCCAAUUGAUCCCACUGUUAAUCAUCCACCAAGUUCAUCCAACCUCAUAUGCAAUGAGGACAUAUCUUUCUUCAACAACAAUCAUAUCAAGAAGACAGAUAAAGCAUAUUAUACAUUGGUGAAGAUAUUUUAUUCUAAUAUGUAUGAUAUUAAUAGAGAUGAUCACAAGUUUAAGUCCCUUAUGAGGAACCCACAAGUCGAGAAUGAAGUUGAAGCUGAUGAUGAUGAAGCCCAAGCCCAGGAUGUCCCAAAUUCUUCCACCGCUGGUGUCCCAAAUUCUUCCACAGCUGGUGUCCCAAAUUCUUCCACAACUGGUCUUCCUCCUGAUCCAUUGCAGAGUGGUGAUAGAGUUAGGUUUGGUGGUGCUACAAAUCUGAGGUGGUGGAUGGGAAGUGAUGGCUCUAGAGGAUCCAGUGUAGAGAGAUUAUGGAAGUGA